AUCAUCUGUGCCUUCUCCCCAACAGCACCAGCCCUCCAAAGCUGUAUUCCGUACUACUAUCGUGUCACAGCUCCCACCUACAGUGUUUGUCUAUAUUGCCUCAUUUUUCCAUUCAUGUAUCAUGUUUCUCCCGGAACUAGGUUUUCUGCCAUUUUUCCCAGCUCAACCGCAGGGACCAUUAAAUGCCCUUAAUUUUGUUGACCUGUUUCCCUUUCUUAAUGCUGCAAUUUGUUCAAACCUAUAGGUUCCUGGUGAAAAGACCUUUUCCUACCAGCAAUAAGUAAAGCUACACUUCUUCUCCCUGCUGAAUAUUUAAUAUCAGAUUAUUUAACUAUAAUUUUUUUUGUUUCAUUAUUUGUUGUUACCCCUUUGGCCAUGUUAGAUCUUGAUUUCCACCGCCUUGAUUCGAGCUCAUCUAUUUGGGUUCCUUAGUUUUGGUAUUUAUUCAAUGGCAUUUAAUGACGACCUGUAUGUACUUUAAUUUCUCUUACCCUUUCUCCAAAGAGUGGGAUCGUUUUUCCCUUCAAAUUUUUCCUACGAGCCAGAGGGUACUACAUAGUCAUCCCUCAAUUUACCCUUAUCGCAAGCGAGCAAAGGUGAUAAACUCUGGCCCCUAUGUCAAUGAUUUACAUUUUUUUUUAUUUGUCCUACUGUUCGUAUUAUUAUUUUUUUAUUAAUGAACCCUCUUGUGUUAGCAUCUUAUUAAUGUAUUAAAUGUUAUUUGCUUUUAUAUUUAGGCAAUAAUAACUCAUCUAUCAGGAUCGGUGGGCCCACUUAUUUACCUAUUCACAUGACUGCUUAAUUUUAUUUAAUCAUUUGAUUAUAUGCUAUUCUCGGUUGGAUAUUGGGUGGUUUGAUGCAAUAUUUUUAAAAUCAUUUUAUGCUCCUUCCUUAGGUUUUUACUAUAAAUAACAAUCACUAUCCACGUUACCUACAGCUAUUAAAUAACAAAGUAAGAACUAUCGUUUUUCCAGCCCCGAUAUUCCACACCCUGCCCCGCCAUUCUCCACCAUUCCCUUGUUAUCAAGACUUUUUUAUUAAACUUUAUCAUGCCGUCACUUUCUUCUAUGAUCUACAAGUUUUUUUUUUUCGCAUUGGUGGACCAUGGGUGAGUUAAUAGAGUUCAACUUCUUGAACAUUUUUUGUGCAUGCACAUACGUAUAAUCUUACUAUUUUUUAACAUCUUUGGCUUAUUCUUUUACCAAACUAUGGAAGAAUCUAUUCCGUACGAAAAAUACUUAUAUGUUUCCUCACAUUUUGUACAGCUUGUGUAUUUGUCCACCUGCUGAGACUAAUAAGAAUGGGGAUCCAAACCCGGAUUUCUAUAGGCUUCUAUUUCUCGCACUGGACCCUAUCGCCGUACCUAUUACAACUGCCUUAGUCUGAUCUCUUAUUUUCAUUACGAAAUAUGCUGAUGGGGCUCAUGCUUCCCUAGGUUCCAGUGCCUUUUUCAUUUAUACUGCAAGACGAGUUCCAGUUUCCGGACCUUUUUAUCGUGCUUUUUUGCCACGAACUAGGUGAUUUUAUGAUGUUCAAAGACAACCAUAAAAAUGAGUAUCGCGUGAUAUUAGACAAGGUGGGGCACAGCGCCUUUUUCUCCGAUGGUUUUCGUUCCAUGGUUGCCGCCUAUAAUAUCAGGCACGGGGCUUGGUUAGCGCAUACUACCAAGGUGAUGGAACUCUAUGCAUUUCUAUAAGAAAUCUUGAUGGAACCCAGAUUAUUUAUCCAAGGUCACAAAGCAGUAGUAUCCCCACGAUUCCGAGGCUGAUUAAUAUGGAUCAACACGCUGGCGCCGUCUCUCGUGAUGUGUUUCGCACUGGUGACGUCAUCCCACCAUUUGCUCUCCCAUAUACUCCUCCACCGUCGCCUAAACUGCACAAUAGAAAUGGGAGUCCUGAUUAUCAGGCAAACACGCUUGGGUGUCCCAUUUAUUGUGCAUCCACUGCUUCCCGUACAAGUCAGAUUAUGCGCGCCGACAUUCUUUCACUGGUAGCCGCACGGAGUGAAUCGAUUAUGCCAGGAGUUAUGACUAUCACCAACACAAACUUCAAAACAAAGAUACUGGUGAAUGCUGAUCUUGAGGUGGUUAAGAAGUUCUGUCAAAAGCUCAUUGGACUUGGCCACAAGCAGACAACCAACUUAAAGGUCAUUGGGUGUGUAGUCAGGCCCUUUCCAUUUGAAGAUUUUCACGUUUACACGAUAUGCAUCAAUUUCUCAUAUCAAGGAUACCAUCAAGGUUCUGUAUUCAAGUGCGUGUCCUUGAUGAUACAAAUACAGCAACUUUUGUGCUGUUUGAAAAUGUUGCCUCUAAGUUCCUCGGUUUCCCUGCCGCUGACCUCCGCUGCGAAGCGGUCACUAAGGUGGAUGCCCUGCAUCUUUUUUUCUUAGAAUUCCUUAUUAUGUUGCCUGUUAAGGAAUAAAGUUAUUAUUAUUUCAAGUGAAUGGUUAUGGCAUGGAUGAGUUUCCUCAAGAACUAAAUGCACUUGUGGGAAAGACUCUCCUAUUCAAGCUGACCGCUAGGCUGGACAGCAUAACCAAAUUUCAAUCAUGCGUGAUCAUGGUUUCCAGGAUAUGUUCUGAUCCUGAAAUUAUCACCGCUUUUGCUUCUCAAAAUUGCGUCAAUCUGCCUGGAUCGCAGAAGCUAGCAGCAACUCUUGCAGCUUCCGUCCGCGUUUCCGAUGAUCUGGACGAGAUCGGCGGGGUUGUUGUCUCGACCACCCCCUUAAACUCAAGGGAUGCUACUCCAUGUGCCGUUGAGGAUGCAUCCAUGGUCACCCACACUCCUAUGAAAUGGAUUUGUGUCAAAUCUAUUGACGGCGGCUCCUCCCAUGUUCCAUCCACAGCAUCAAGAAAUCUGCUUCCUACAUUUGACAAGAAUAUCACUAAGGAGCAUACUGAUCCAAGUGGCAUGGACAUUUGAGUCCAUCGUAUCUUGCUACAAUAUGAAGCUCUAUUAAAUAAAGAUAGUUCUCAAUCCUUGGCGUUGAAUAAAGAGCUUUGCCCUUUUAUUUUUUCGUUCCUUGUAUGAUGCCACUACACCUUUCGCUUGAUGGAAGCGUGUCUAUUGCUUUUUAUUAUGUUUUAUUGUGUUUUAUUUAAUCUUAUUUAGAGUAAUGCUUUCGGGUCUCUGUAUGAACUUUCACCACAAUUCGUGGAAAACUAACUCAUAUCAACUCAGACUAGCUAUCUGUUUAACGUUAUCGCUGCUUGAGCCGUGUUGGCCUAUAAUAUUAAUAGUUGACAUC